AUGUCUAAAGAUCAGAAGCCCACCGUUCUGGGCAUGCCGCCCUUCCUGGCAGACUUCUUGAUGGGUGGUGUCUCUGCCGCCGUCUCGAAGACUGCCGCUGCUCCCAUUGAGCGUGUCAAGCUCCUCGUCCAGAACCAGGAUGAGAUGAUCAAGGCUGGCCGCCUGGAUCGCCGCUACGCCGGCAUCAUGGACUGCUUCCGCCGCACCACCGCCGACGAGGGCAUCAUGGCCCUGUGGCGUGGCAACACCGCCAACGUCAUCCGUUACUUCCCUACCCAGGCCCUGAACUUCGCUUUCCGUGACAAGUUCAAGGCCAUGUUCGGCUACAAGAAGGACAGGGAUGGCUACUGGAAGUGGAUGGCUGGUAACUUGGCCUCCGGUGGUGCUGCUGGUGCCACCUCGCUUCUCUUCGUCUACUCCCUUGACUACGCCCGUACCCGUCUCGCCAACGAUGCCAAGUCCGCCAAGAAGGGUGGCGAGCGUCAGUUCAACGGCCUCAUCGAUGUCUACCGCAAGACUCUGGCUUCUGAUGGUAUCGCUGGUCUGUACCGUGGUUUCGGUCCUUCCGUCGCCGGUAUCAUCGUCUACCGUGGUCUCUACUUCGGCAUGUACGACUCGAUCAAGCCUGUCGUCCUCGUCGGUCCUCUCGCCAACAACUUCCUUGCCUCGUUCCUUCUCGGCUGGUGCGUCACCACUGGUGCUGGUAUCGCUUCUUACCCUCUUGAUACCGUCCGUCGUCGCAUGAUGAUGACCUCGGGUGAGGCCGUCAAGUACAAGAGCUCGUUCGACGCCUUUUCGCAGAUCGUUGCCAAGGAGGGUGUCAAGUCUCUCUUCAAGGGUGCCGGUGCCAACAUUCUCCGUGGUGUUGCUGGCGCUGGUGUGCUGUCUAUCUAUGACCAGCUCCAGAUCCUGCUCUUCGGCAAGGCCUUCAAGGGCGGCUCUGGCUAA